AACCACCACUUGCUAAACCACAAUCUGCUAAACCACCACCUGCUAAACCACAAUCUGCUAAACCAACGCCUGCUAAACCAACACCUGCUAAACCACCACCUGCUAAACCACCUACUGCCACUGACUACUCUGGAACCUUAUCUGCUGUGGUAGGUCGUGGGCAUAUCAUCCCUGUCAAACUGACCUUGGCCCCUUUCUCCUCAAUCUCCAGCGACGAGACCAACACCAACCUCUCCUCCAGCAGCCUCCCUUCCUCGUGCUCCAUCAAGCUUUCAGACAGUAGGAGUGACAUUCCUUGCUCCCUGACUGUAAGCUCCAUUUCAAAUGUUCCUGGACCUGACUCUAGCAGCAGCCCUGUGCGGGAGAAUCAAUUUGCUACUGAGGUCUCGUCGAUCUGCCUCAGCCAAGAUAGAAAUGGCCAAGGAGGGAGUGUGACACCUCCAGCCCCUUUGGUUGUUUCCCUCCCCUCCAUUAUUGAGCGGGCUGGCGGACUUGUAUGUUCCGUCAUCUCCCAGUCUUUAGCAAUUGUGGAGGCGCGGUCAAGUGUGAAUGGUGAGGAGGGCUCUCCAUCUCCCACCACAGUCUCCCAUUCUCCUACAAGGAUGUUUGUCAGCCACUUAAGGAGUAGCCCACUAGGUGAGGACCUUGUAGAUUCAACACUUGCGGAUGUUAUCUCUGUCCUGAAAAUGGAGGGAAUUCUUUCCUCCUCUCCGACUUUGGAGGAGGAGCUGCUUGAUCUCUCCUCCAGUUGUUCUUCGUCAUCCAGCGAAAUACUGCAAUGUGUGUCUGUUGGCCCUCUUGGCAGUGGGUCGGAGACAUCCUUCAAACUUCUUGGGGGUCGUACUCUGGGUAUCGCCACCCCAACGGCCCAUGUUACCACAGAGGACUUAGAAGUCUACAGUGAUGAGAUCAUUGACGAAAUCCUUAUUAUAAUGAGGACCAAAAAAGAUGAUGACAGUGGAAGUGACGUCUCUGGUGCAUCAACACCAUGCAACACACCAGCACCACAGAGCCGGUCCUCUUCUGCACUGAGGGGAGUGCUUCCCCAUGACAGGAGGAUACUCAGCACAGCACUGCUUGGAAUCCAGAACACACUAGACAGUGAGAACCUCUCAGGAGAGUGUUCCACCUCACCACAGGACAAUGCCAGAGUCCUGGAGAUGAUAAAGCUGCUGCAGAGGCGCCUUGAGGGGACACCCUCAGAGUCCUCCAUCCAUAUCACAGAUGUGGCUUCACCUUUGGGCAUAUCUCUCCCUGUAUCUCACUAUGCUGUUCAGUCGUGUGUAUUUGCCACUGACAAAGACCUGAAGGCAGAAAUAGUGAAGGGAGUCUUUGAAAGCCUGAGAUCCCAGUUUAUGAGCUACUCCAUCAAGCCUGUGAGUAACAUCAUUACCAGGGCAACAACAAAGAUGGCUGCCUCCAAUCAGGUUAGUUCAGAGACACUCCAGGCAGCAUCAGAAAAAUCAUCUGCUGUGGCUCAGAACCUUAUUAGUUUGGUUUUAUUUAAAGUUGCCAAGAUGUCCUGCUCUGAUGACUUAGAGGGUCUGGGUGAUCAUAUCAGAUGCCCCUCAACUUUGACCAGAGUUCUGACACCUUUGACCUCGGAGAAAGCUACACUGACACCUGCUGUUCUGAAGAUCAGAAGGGAGAUGUCUAAGGAAGUGGCCACCGAACUCCAGAGUUUCUUGAUCAAGGAAUCCCUUACUGGCACCCAGGCACCAUCCAAUGGACAUGUUUGCACUUCUGGUUCUGCCCCAAGGGAAGCUGUAUGGGACAUCCUGAGGAAAACCAAAGAGGAGGCUUCCAACAAAAGCCUGAAUAAUAUUUUCUCUGUUAAUUUGGAUGAGCGGCUCACAGACUAUAUUGCAGAUGCCUUAUAUCCAAAGCUGCAUGACCGAUUGGAGUCCAAGAGAGAGCUGCAGGCUUCUUAUUACAGCUCCCAGAUCAGCUGUAGCCUCAGCCCCUUCAAAGUUGAGAGCAGCCUAGAGCUCCAGGAGUUCACUGACCCACUUUCUGAGUCAGUAUUGUGUCUCCUGGAUAGGACAUUUGGAGAUAAAGCUCAGAACUUAAAGACAGGCGGGGGUGUUUUACAAUAUGUCACAGACCCAACCUAUAAGAAGCUUUUGAUUGGAUCCCACACCAACGACGUCAAUGUGGUUAUGCACACGAUUGCAGUGGAGGAGUUGCCUGUUGAGGGCUGUAUUGCGCAAAGUGAGGCCAUUCAUGGCCUUCACAAGAAGCAAAAGUUACCUUCCAGUGGCAGAGGGAAUGAGACCCCGAGCCCUACUAAUUGCCUACUGGAGGGUGUAGUGGGCAAACUGGUACGGAAGAUGCUAUUUCAGGGCCUUGACAUCCCUGAGGUACCCAUAAACUACAGCCGCUCUGAGAACUUUAAGCAGUAUGAACUGGUUGAAAAGCUUUGUCCUCUGAUGGUAAGGACAAUCAUGGCUACAACCAUAGUCAAUCAACCACCUACUAUUCAAGAAGCAGUGAUGUCUUCCGAGAACAUCCAUGUGAGAGAGCUGUGUGAGGCAGGUAUCAAAAACCUCAAAGAGAACCAUGUACCUGAUGACUCUGAGACAAACAUCAUGGUCAGAGGGGCUUUGAGUGAAAUUGAAUCCUGUAUGAUUGAGACCUCCGACAAGGACUCUCCCAGUUUACAUUCCACACCAGAGGUGGUUGUAGACCUGAUCACCAAGCUGCUUCAUGGGUAUGAGCUUGACGCAGAAGACUUUGCAUCACCUGUGUCAUCCCCAACCACCACUCUCUCUGAUGUGGCAAUGGACAUGGUGGUUUCUGUCCUUCGGGACAUGUCCGAUUACCCAGACGUUACCUCAGCAUUGGAAAUGACUAAGGAUCUCAAGACGCCGUACUCCCGCCCCUCAAGUGCAAGGAUUGUAAGUGCCCUCUGCAGAGAGCUGGAGGAGCAAAUGGGCUCUCCUGAUGCUCUGAGGCGAGCUUUGAGCCGUGGCAGCGGGGAGAUGACAACAGCCAUUGCGAGUGCAGUCACCAGGGAAGUCAACCGUCUGGGUUCAAUCGUACCCAAAGUCUCUAUCAGGCCGCUCUCCUCAGACAUCUGCCUAAGGACAGACCAGGACAAGGUCAUCGUUAAGAGCCGAUGUGGCUCGGCUGAGGUGAAGGCAUCCCAACCGGUGUAUAUUAUUGUUCAUGUAGAGGCGGUGAUGGAUAUCAUUGUCCGGCUGCGGUCUCUGAUUGUUCCUCGGACCCAGGAUAAACUGGCCAGCUGGACCCUAGUUGAGGAUGUGACCAACAAGCUGUCCAGUGCUCUCUGGGUGAGGGUGACUAACAGGUGGAGGGAAGCAAAUGUCUGCCUGAAGGCAACAGACAUCUUUCAGUUGGUGCUGUCUGUGCAUAGCAAGUUGAUGCAACGCUAUGGCACAGAGGAAGCCCUACAGAAGAUACUGUGCCACAAGGCACCCAAGCUGCACAAGGACAUUGUCUGUCUUGUCACGAAUGGAAUUAUGGAUGCACCAUCCAAAAUUCAAAGCACCAAAAAUCUGGAAUCUACACUCAACUUGAAAGAAUUGACAGCCUUGUUUAAUGAAAUGACAACCCGUCAAUCUUUGAAUAAGAAAGCUGAGCAGAGCUGCAUGAAGACUGAGAUUGAACAGCCGGAGUGGUCCACUGUGGAACAAGUGACAUCCGGUUCCACCAGCUUCAUUAGGGAGCUUAUAUUAGAAGAAGUCCUGAUGAAGCUUGUCAAGAAGAUAUGCCGUAUGCCAAAAAGGACCAAGAAGCGUCAGCGCAUCCAGAUCAGUGAUCUGGUGACUGAGCUGAUGCGAUUGUUCGACGAUGAGGUGGCCAAAUAUCUGAUUGAGGAAAUGGAAAGCCAGCAAAAAAGUUUCAAUUCUAAGAUGACAUCGAAGCUGGCAGAUGCCAUCUACACUGACCUUGGGAAGGUCAAGCGUUUGAAACGCUCCUUGAAAAUUGCCGAUUUAUUUGAGGAUCAGGAGAUGCUUUCCAUUGUCUCUGUCAUUGUUUCCCACAAGCUACUGGCCAUCUUGAAACCCUCAGUUUCCAACCCAUAUGACCGUGAGACCUCAGACCUUGAAGACUCAUGCAGUGAUGAUGUGGAGGAUUUGGAAUCUGAGGGGGUGCAUUAUGCCACCAACAGAAAGUCCAACAUGAGCAUCGUCCUUACAGACACUACAAACCAGCCAGAGAUGUACAUUGCUGUGGAUUAUCCACCUAUGAUUAAAUUAUCCAAGAUGAGGAAAGGCAUCCGGGACUUCUUCUGGGGAGUCCAGAAGGCCUGGAAACGCUUGGUCACCUGCAAGUCCUCUGGGUCCUCUGAUGGGUAGCCUGGAUGACGUGCAGCCCAUGUCAGUUGCUUUUGCUAGGCUACAUCUGAGGAGGGCACCACAACUGGCCUCAAUACAACAUUUUUAUUUUUGUUGCUCAUUUCUGUUUUCAUUUUGAAUCCCCUAAUGCUGCUAUAUUUGAACCAGGCUGUCAGUGGACUAGCUUACCAUUCGUUUAUACUCCUUAAGGAAGAUCCACUAUAGGCUACUCAACACCAAAAUUCCAUCUGGGACUUUUGAUCCCUUAUUAGCUCCCACUCCUGUAACUAGGAAUGUGAGCUUCUAAAUGUCAUUCAGACUACAGCUUCUCCUGUGAUUAGGAAGAUAAGCUAAGAAGCCCAACCAAUUGACUAGAUGUGCUGUACAUCUGAUGCCCUCUCCCUAUUGUAAUCAUUGAUCCACGUCCAUUGCAGCCUCUAAAUGUGAUGUCGAUUUUUAGCCUAAAUUAAAAAAUGACAAGGAGGGUAGGCCGACAGCAGCUUCUACUCUUACGAUUAGGAAAGUGGUGCUAAACUUUUUGGGCUUUGAGGAACUAUGUAUUUUAUUUUUCAAUCACUUACAUACUUUUUAAUUGUUGUUUUAAUAAAGCAU